UACCCUCUCCCUUUGACAUAAAAUCAUCAUCUCCAACUCUAUUACUAUAUUUGAUGGUGUGCGACUAAAGAAUGGUCAUCUGAGCAAGAAAACCCUCUGUGAAUCUUCAUUUAUCUACCUACUUUAUUCAGAUUGAUUCACCUGCUUCAUUAAGAUAUGGAAAUAAUGAAGGAUUCUAAGCCACAGUCCAAUCACAAUAAAGUGUUUACCUCCUCACAGGUGAUGGAAGAAUUGAAGGAACUACUGUCUAUGGCUAUCCCAAUCACGGCAAUGAACUGUCUCGUUUAUCUUCGAGCCGUAGUAUCAGUGCUCUUCCUCGGCAGGCUGGGCAGUCUGGAGCUCGCCGGCGGUUCGUUGUCGUUGGGUUUCACCAAUAUCACCGGCUACUCGGUUCUAGUCGGACUGGCGUCAGGGCUAGAGCCCGUAUGCAGCCAGGCGUACGGUAGCAACGACGUCAACAAGUGGGAGCAAUUAUCUGCAUCUCUACUCCGGAUGAUCUUCAUACUACUGAUGGCGAUCAUACCGAUCGGCCUGUUAUGGGUGAACCUCGGACCCAUCAUGCUUUGGAUGGGACAGGAUGGAGCGAUCACGUCAACUGCUGCGACGUACUGUAUGUAUUCCUUGCCUGACCUGAUAACAAACUGUCUGUUGCAGCCGCUGCGAGUUUAUCUACGGUCACAGGGGGUGACGAAGCCGAUGAUGUGGUGCAGCCUGGUGGCAGUGGCGUUCCACGUGCCGUUGAACUAUGUGUUAGUGGUGGUGACGGGAUUGGGUGUGAGCGGGGUGGCAAUGGCUUCGGUGCUUACGAACCUACACAUGAUGGUGCUGAUGGCAGGGUAUGUGUGGGUGUAUGGGAGAUGGAGGUGGACAUGGAAAUGGACGGAUGGGAUGAGUGCGUUGCUGAGAUUGGCUGUGCCGAGUUGUAUGGGUAUAUGUUUGGAGUGGUGGUGGUAUGAGAUCGUGACCGUCCUUGCUGGUUAUCUGGCCAAUCCACAACUGGCGGUGGCAGCCACUGGGAUACUCAUCCAGACAACGAGUCUCAUGUACACUGUUCCCAUGGCCUUGGCUGGUUGCGUCUCUGCCCGAGUGGGUAAUGAGCUGGGAGCUGGGAGGCCAAACAAGGCCAAGCUUGCUGCAAUGGUGGCUUUAUCGUGUGCUUUCUUAGUCGGUUUUAUCAAUGUCAUCUGGACCGUGGUCUUUAGGUACAAAUGGAGUGCCAUUUUCACCCAUGACCACAUGAUUCAAUCACUCAUUUCGUCCGUCAUGCCCAUCAUGGGUCUGUGCGAGCUGGGAAACUGCCCUCAAACCAUCGGUUGUGGCAUCCUCCGUGGUACAGCCCGACCUGCCGUUGGUGCCCGUAUCAACCUCGGCUCCUUUUACUUUGUCGGCACCCCUGUAGCCGUGGGCCUAGCCUUUUACUUCAACGUUGGCUUCAUUGGUCUAUGGAUCGGUCUCUUGUCCGCUCAAAUUGCGUGUGCGGUUUCAAUUUUGUACUCGGUGGUUGUUCUCACCGACUGGGAAGCCGAGGCUUUGAGAGCGGAAAGGCUAACAAAUUCGGUUUUGGUUUUUGAGAUGGUGACGGAACAUGAGGAUGAAAAAGGGUUCAUGGUGAUCAGCUAAUUAAGCCGAAAUGUACACGUUUAUAGGAACAUGAAAAGAAACGACAAGGGACUGACAUUUCUAAAUAAGCGACUAGAUGUUUUUUUGGCAACCGAUUGUGGCAUCCAAUCAGAACUCAUUUGCGUUUUUCUUGUCGUGUAUAUAACUUUUGAGAAGAAAGUUAUUAACCUGAAGCAAUGGUUAUUAAAACAUGAAUUUGUUGGUUACGACAAUUUAUUUCAAGGAACAAUA